UUAACGGAAAUACAUUGUACGAGUUCUUUUAAAAUGAAUUUACUAACGAACAAUGAAAUUAAUUUAAUUGCUAAAAUAUGCGGUUAUCGUGAGGUGGUUGAUUGGUCGAUACAGGAUUUUUCCAAUAAAGUCAUGGGAUAUUUAGGAGAUCAUUUGAAACUAAGCGUGCAAGUGAAGGAAGAAGGAAUCAGAUCGGAAGUAAGAUUGUUCAUCAAAUGUAUGCCCAGAGACCCAUGGAAAUCAGAAUACCUAAAAGAGUUGACUUUCUUCAAAAAAGAAUAUGUUAUGUUAAGUCAAUUAUUUAAGAAAUUCGAGAAUCAAUCAGGAUUAAAAAAAUGGCGCCCAAAUUUGAUUUAUAUUAGAGAUGAUUUGUUUGUUUUUGAAGACGUCACCGAAACUGGUUAUAGUAUGCCAAGCCAUGUAGAAACGUUGACAUAUGAGCAACUAACUGCAACUGUGCAGGCACUGGCUAGAUUCCAUGCACAGUCAUACAUUUACGAAGAAAAAAAAAGUGAAGAGCUCAAUCGCCCUUUUAGAAUUUGGGAAGAUUAUGGCGACUAUCUUAAAGAACCACAAAAAGGAGAAGAGUGGCGAAUCGCGGGAAGGAACGCAGUUAUUGAUUUUCUAAAAUUACAUUCCAAAUAUAAAAAGGAACUAAAUUUUAUUAAAGAUCUAGAAGAAAUUUUACCCUUGGUAUUCAACAAAGCUAAUAGUCUUAUAACACCAAGUUCAACAUACAGAAAUGUUGUAAUACAUCGAGACAUUUGGUCCAAUAAUAUAUUUCUUAAGAAAAUCGGAGCUGUGAACUACCAUGCCUUAAUUGUAGAUUAUCAAACAGUUCUAUAUACUUCUCCAAUGGUUGAUUUAUCCACACUUUUAUAUUUGAAUACUACUAAAGAUUUCCGGAAUAAUUAUACAACCGAUUUCAUAAAUGUUUAUUACAAUACAUUGGCAGAGGAACUCAAAUCUGUGGAAGUAGAUAUCAAUAACAUUUUGGGAAAGCCAUCCCUAAUUGAUUUAUAUGAAGAGAGUAUACUGUUUGCUGUUACACAAGCUUCUAUUAUAGUGCCUAUAAUAGCACUGUUCAGUGAGACAAGAGAAAAGGUUUUUGCAGAUCCUGAAAGUUCCAAAAGAUUUAGUACCGAUUUUCGAAGUGACUAUUUCAUUGAAGCAGCUGUGGAAAGCAAAAACUACCGAGACCGCGUAAGUGAACUCUUUGAUGAAAUAGUCGAAAGAUAUGUUUAUCCAAAAAGAUAUAAUUAGAAAUUAUAACUUAUUGAGUAAGAAAAUUGAAUAAAUACAACCUGAUGAA